UCGCCUCCCUGGGCGUGCUGGCAAUGGCCUCCAAACUCCUGCGCGCGGUCAUCCUCGGGCCGCCCGGCUCCGGAAAGGGCUCCGUGUCCCAGAGGAUCGCCCAGAACUUGGGCCUUCAGCAUCUCUCCAGCGGCCACUUCUUGCGGGAGAACAUCAAGGCGAACACGGAGGUUGGUGACAUGGCAAAGCAGUACAUCAGGAAAGGUCUUUUGGUUCCUGACCAUGUGAUCACACGCCUCAGGGUGUCGGAGCUGGAGAACAGGAGCGACCAGCACUGGCUACUGGAUGGUUUCCCUAGGACUUUAGUACAGGCUGAAGCCCUGGAGAGAAUCUGUGAGCUGGAUCUAGUGAUCACGCUGAACAUUCCAUUUGAAACGCUCAAAGACCAUCUCAGCCAGCGUUGGGUUCACCAUCCCAGUGGAAGGGUGUAUAACCUGGACUUCAACCCACCUCCCGCACAUGGCAUUGAUGAUAUCACUGGCGAACCAUUGGUCCAGCAGGAAGAUGAUAAACCUGAAGCAGUUGCUGCCAGGCUAAGGCAGUACAAGGAUAUGGCUAAGCCAGUCAUUGAUCUAUACAAGAGCCAGGGAGUGCUCUACCAAUUUUCUGGGAAGGAGACGAACAAAAUCUGGCCCUAUGUGUACACACUCUUCUCGAACAAGAUCCCACCUAUUGAAUCCAGAGAAGCCUACUGA